AUGCCGCCGAAAAGAACGUUUUUCAAUUAUCAGGAGGAAGAUGUCUUUAAAGCGAUAGACGAGAUAAGCAAGGGCGCAAAAAUUAGAGAAACGUGCCGAAAAUAUAAUAUUCCCCACACUACCGUCAUAAAUAAAAUGAAACUGAAGUAUCCUGUCCAACGAAAAAUGGGACCUCCCACUAUGUUGACCAAGGAAGAAGAAUCGUUGCUUAAAAGUUCGAUAAUAGCGAUGGCAAAAAAAGGAUUUCCAGUCAAUAAAGAAAUGGUAGUUGACACUGUUAAGAAAAUUAUAACUGAAGAGAAUCGACCAAGUCCCUUUAAACAGAAUACUCCAGGCAGAAAAUGGUUUUCCGGUUUUUUAAAACGACAUCCAGAUAUAGCUGCACGUCAUGCGGAAUCUAUAAACAUUUCAAGAACUGACAUUUUAGAAGAUCCUGAAAGGAUCAUAAAUGCAGAUGAAUCCGGAUUUCAAACAAGCCGUUCUUCUGGUUUAGUGUUGGGUCCGCGAGGAUUUAAAAAUUUUUAUGAAAUCAAAGAAAAAGAGAAGGAGAACAUAACCGUACUGGGAACCUUUGCAGCAUCUGGUACCAUAUUACCACCCUUGAUUAUAUACCCAUAUGCACGAAUUCCAUCUGAAAUCGUUAGACAAAUUAAUAAAGAAUGGAGCGUUGGUAAGUCAGAAAAGGGAUGGAUGACAUCAAAAGUUUUUUACGGCUAUAUAGCAAAUACUCUCAUCCCAAAAUUAAAAGAAAACAAUACAAAGUUUCCUGUUUUGUUGCUGAUAGAUGGCCACAAGUCUCACAUUAAUCGAGAAGUGUCUCAAUUGUGUAAAGAUAAUGGUAUUAUUUUAUAUUCACUCUAUCCGAACGCUACACACAUCAUUCAACCAGCUGACGUAUCUGUUUUUCGACCACUGAAGAAUUCUUGGAAGAAAGUUGUUAAUGAUUGGAAAUUAAAAACUGGGCAUCGAUGCGUUACCAAAGCUCUAUUUGCACCCCUUUUAGAAGCCACAUUCAAUGAUCUCUCAAAAGAAGUCAUCUGCAAUGGUUUUAGAAAAUGUGGACUGUAUCCGUUCGAUGCUAACGCAAUUAGCUACGAAAAAUGUAUGACUGAUGCUACUCGACACGGCAUACCAGAGAAACCAGCUGUUAUUGGUCCUGAACAUUUAUUGUAUUUGGAAUUAUUGAUGUCUUCCUCCCGUGGUCGAGAAUUCCGUGCAAACCAAGAUUCUUCCUGGACUGGCGACGAAUCAGCAAAGGAGUUGUUUUAUGUGUGGCAGAAAAUAGCCAAGAGAGUAAUGCAAGUAGCAGAGGAACAAGAGCCUAACUUGGAAAUCAAUCCACAGACACCGCAAGAAACUCUACAGACAAUGCAAGAAAAUAUACCCACUUUGGAAGAAAAUGUUACACCACGUGAAAACGACAUUAAUUUGGAAGAAAAUCACCAAAUAACAACAGAACAAAUAAACGAGGAUUUUAAUAGCAAUGUUGACUAUUUAAAUAUUAGAACGCCAUCUCAACCUGAAUCUUCAGUCAUUAUUAACACAAAGCACAUCGAGUUAGAAUCUCCUUCUACGAGAAAACAUCUUCAACCAAUAAGCCCUGCAUUUGCAUCAGCAAUUGUGUGGCCCUCUGAAUCUCCAGUUAAAGGCAAUCAGAAAAGGCGUAAGAAAGUUCGCCUACCUGAUGCAGUAAAUAGCGGCGAAUGGAUGCAAUAUUGGAAUGAAAAAGAAGACAUUAAGAAAAAACAAGAAGAAAAAAAAGCUCUUAAGGCAGCUAAUAGAAAAAUGUCAACGAAGAAUAAAAAAAAAGGACACAGGUUCAGACGAAGAAAUACCAGCAGCUCCGAGAAAGAUGAGACGACUUCGAAUAUAUUCAGACUCUGA